AUGGACAAAGCACUAGAUCACUCACCGGCUGUGUGCCUGCGCCUCAUCGACGACCAAGCGAACGCAUUCUAUCACCACUGUUCACUCUGCGCCUUUCUGCACGGCACCGGACAAGACUGCGAGCAUCAACAUCAGAAGCCUGCUGAGACAGGACUUCUCCGGACAGCGCCGCCUCCAUUCAGGACUGGAACUCCUUUCUCCAAAUGCUCCUUCUAUACAGCCAUUUCACAGGACCCACAAGAUGACACUACAUCCUCACACGACUCUUUGCCAUCGGAUGACGACCCACACUCUCUAGACGACACUUCCUCCCUUUCCUCACGGAGCUCCAUUAGCUCGCUCAAAGCCGUCAAGAGGAGAAAUGCAUCCCAGCACACCCUCGUACUCAAGACCCGCCGCUCGCUCCGCAGGACCUCUUCUCCGACAGACUACUCCCUUCGCGAGCUGCAUCACCAGCAGAGCAGCGAUGAGACAGACUCUAACAAUGCCUCUGACUUCGAGGAACAAAGCUCGGAUGAUGAUGACUCGUCAAGUCUUCGUCAACAGCAAUCCGAAGAGAAACUGCAAGCCGUCUACGAGGAGCAGAUUCUUUCCUACUUGAAUGCGGAUUACGCGGAUCUGGAGAUGAUUGGGGUUGCGUGGUGUCCAGCAAGACCAGGCUUGUGA